UCAUCAACAACUGGUUUGCACUUAAAAAUCCAAACUCAAUUAAGAUUCUAUCUGGAAUCGCAUCCUCCAUAAAUGGCUUCUCUCAUGGAACACUUGAAGCCAUCUUUCCGGCGUCAUUCCUUACCUAUUAUCUUAUUGAAAAACCAUGCAAUAUUAUCAACAAAGCAACACCUCAAGUGCUGACAGUAGCAGUAGCAGUGGAAGUAGCAGAACUGCUUCUGCUGCUGCUGCUGCUGCUGGGGCUAUUGCACCUAAAGUUUCAGGCCACCAUCAUGUUUUCCGUGGAGUUCGGCGUAGGAGUAGUGGAAAAUGGGUGUCUGAGAUUAGAGAGCCUAAGAAGCCUAACAGAAUCUGGUUAGGCACAUUUCCUAACCCUGAAAUGGCUGCUGUUGCGUAUGAUGUGGCAGCGCUUGCACUUAAAGGCCAGGAUGCAGAGCUUAAUUUCCCAAACUCAGCUGCUUCUCUGCCUGUUCCUGCUUCCACGUCACCACGUGAUAUUCAGGCGGCCGCAGCUUCUGCGGCUGCUGCUAUAGGUGCUGCAAAGGAUGCUUUAGGGAUUCGAAGUAUGGGGGAUACUAAUCAAAUGGAACAGGAAAUUAGGCCAAUGGUCAAUGAUCAGUUUGUUGACGAGGAUUUGAUGUUUGAUAUGCCUAAUGUUCUUGUGAACAUGGCAGAAGCGAUGCUUCUUAGCCCUCCCCGCUUGGACAUUGCAGGUGAUGAUGCUACAGCCUAUGACAGCACUGGAGACCAGAACCUUUGGAAAUUCCCUUGAAUCCAUGCAUCUUUCUAUAUGAAUAUGAUCAGAAACUAUAUUAACUAAUCUCCAAGAUAAAUAAAAAAUAAAAAAAAGAGAGUAAAAGAUCAUAAUUCAUAGUAUCUCGUGUCCAAUUUCUGAAGCUGAUCGGAUGCAAGGUAUAUGCAUAUGUUAAUUAGCAUGAGUGGCUUGUUUUUUCCAUUAUUAAUUUUUUAUAGGAUUUUCUUAUUCCUAUAUUGAAGUUUUUUUCCUUUUUCCAUGAUCGGCGCCUUGAUGAGUUGAGUUCAUGAACUAUCUUUCAAUCAUAAACUUUGCCAAAUCUUCAUUGUUUUUGUUCA